AUUCCAGUCGAGAGAAGAGAGAAGAAAAUCCCUUUCUCGCGUAGAGCGAGCACUGUAAACGAAGUCUGGUCACCGGUGAAGCAGUAGAGACGGAGGGCUCAGUGGCCGACUAUAAAACGGAGCGAUGAUGGAGGACGGCGAGAUAGUGGAGGCGGUCGCCAUGGACGAAGACUCGCAGCUGCUCAAGAAUGGGAAGUCAGCCUACGACAGGCUUCGCGAAAGCAAAGCUUCAGUGGAGGAGAUCGUCUCCCAGAUUCUCUCCGUCAAAAAGGACGGCAACUCAAAAUCCCAGCUCCGGGAGCUCGUUACUCAGACGUUUCUCCACUUUAUCACCCUCCGCCAGGCGAACAGGUCGAUUUUGCUGCACGAGGAUCGAGCGAAGACGGAGACGGAGAAAGCGAAGGCGCCGGUGGAUUUCACGACUCUCCAGCUCCAUAACCUGAUGUAUGAGAAGGGCCACUACGUGAAAGCUAUCAAGGCUUGUAAGGACUUCAAGUCCAAGUAUCCAGACAUUGAGCUCGUCCCUGAAGAAGAGUUCUUCCGUGAUGCACCUGAAGAUAUCAAGAGUUCCGUCUUGUCCAGCGAUGGCUCCCACAAUUUGAUGCUCAAAAGGCUCAACUACGAGCUGCACCAGCGGAAAGAGCUCUGCAAGCUUCGGGAGAAAUUGGAGUUACAGAAGAAAAGUCUUGCGGAGAUGAUUGCUAAUAGGAAGAAGUUUUUGUCAAGUCUGCCAUCACACCUUAAGUCCCUCAAGAAAGCAUCUCUGCCUGUACAGAACCAAUUAGGGGUUCUGCAUACUAAGAAGUUAAAGCAGCAUAGUUCAGCAGAACUGCUUCCUCCUCCACUCUACGUGAUUUACUCACAGUUGGUGGCUCAGAAGGAGGCGUUUGGGGAAGAGAUUGACCUGGAAAUUGUUGGGAGUUUGAAAGAUGCUCAAACAUUUGCUCGUCAGCAAGCAAAUAAAGAAAACAGUGCUUCUGCAAAUGUGGAGACUUUGAGGAUUGAAGAUGAUGUACCUGAUGAUGAAGAUGAUGCCCAAAGAAGGAGAAAACGACCAAAAAGGGCACCUAGUAAGGAAAAUCCUGAUCUGGCAGGGGUUCAUCAAGUUCACCCGCUUAAGCUCAUUCUUCAUAUACUUGAUGAUGAGGCUUCUGAUCCGAAGUCUGCAAAGCUCAUUACUUUGAAGUUUGAAUACCUGUUAAAGCUAAAUGUUGUAUGUGUUGGAGUAGAAGGUUCACAUGAGGGAACUGAGAACAGCAUUCUGUGUAACUUAUUCCCUGAUGAUACUGGCCAUGAACUUCCGCACCAGUCUGCAAAGCUCACUACCGGUGAUAGUCUUUCCUUUGAUGAAAAGAGAACUUCUCGUCCAUAUAAGUGGGCCCAACAUUUGGCAGGGAUCGAUUUCUUACCAGAGAUUGCACCGUUACUUGGUAGUCAUGAAAAUUCAAGUGGCGAAACGUCUAAAGCUGAUGUUGUAUCUGGGUUAUCGUUAUAUCGACAGCAGAAUCGGGUUGAGACAGUUGUCCAAAGAAUACGCUCUCGGAAAAGGGCUCAGCUGGCUCUUGCGGAGCAGCUUGGUUCACUUAUGAAGCUAAAGUGGCCUCCUCUGAAUUGUGAAAGUGUUCCUUGGGCUCUACAUUCUUCUUUAUGCAGUUUGGAUGGUUGGUCAUCAAUAGGAACCCCACCUAGCCAUCCUUCUUUACAUACAGAGCAAGUUGAGGAAUCCAUGAAUAUUGACACCGAUGGACGAACCGGCACUUCAAAGGGAGGGUUAGAAGGUGUGAGGGAAGAUGGGGAGCUCCCAUCUUUGCUUCAGGCUGGUUCCGCGAUGGCAAACGAUAUGAAGCAGCUUACUUCUACUUCAAAGGUAUCAUCCAGUGCAGAGCAGUCUAGGCAGCUGACUUUGAUCUCAAAGACUGUUAUCUCCCCAUUUAGCAAGGGAAAAUCACAUAGCUUUAAGAAAUACGAUGAGGAUUUAGAUCCGACUUUGGAUUUUGAUAGUGAUCAUGACGAGCUGGCCACUAAUGAGCAAGAUAACGAAGAUAUGGCUUCUAUUCAACGCCUUGAACUAUCCUUGGAUUCUUGGGUUGAUUUUGGUGCUAAAGAGUACUCCCUUGUCUUGGCAAGAGAACUGAGUGAAGGCAGAAAUGUGAAGUUAGAAGCAAAGAUUAAGAUCAGCAUGGAGUACCCUCUUAGGCCGCCUCUGUUCUCCGUGAACCUACUUACUUCAGAAGGAAGCCAAGAUGAAGGCGACAAUCGCUCUAGAUCGUACAACGAACUUCGUGCAAUAGAAGCAGAGGUGAACCUCAAUAUACUGAAGCUAGUGCCAAGUGAUGAAGAAAACAACAUCUUAGCCCAUCAAGUUCGCUGUCUCGCCAUGUUGUUCGACUAUCUGAUGGAUGAUGAAGCAUCAUCAGCAGGUGAAAAGAAUACCCAUGUGGUUGAUGUUGGUUUGUCCAAGCCAGUCCGUGGUAUGAUUCUUGCCAGGUCAUAUAGAGGAAGGGACAGGAGGAAGAUGAUCUCCUGGAAGGACAUGGAUUCCACAUCUGGCAACUUGUAGACAGAAUCUAGGGUUUCCUCUUUCAGUUUCAUGUUUGUUGUCCUUUCAGAUUCGGCAAAUGUUGUAUUCUUUUGCGAUUAAGCUCCAAAUUAGAGACUGCAGGCUGAAAGUAAUCUUAUCAUUCAUGAUCUAAAUCGAUAGAAAAACCAGAACUUUGGAAAAAGAUUGAUCAACAUGUUUUCUUUUCUAUUUCACUGUAAUUCUCGACGAUAAAAGAUUCGAUAGAGGGAUGAUAGUAGAACAAUCACAAGGAUAAGGGG